AACUCCCUGCAACAUAUAUAUCGUCAUCGAGUGGCCCGCAUCCGGUAUACCGCGGCGCAAGCCUUUUCACCCCACAUAUAGCAUGGCUCCCCCUUCGGUCAUGAAAUUCGUCCGUUCCUCGGACGGCACACCCAUCUAUGCGGAGGCCACGGGCUCUUCCCGGAACCUGCACGUCGUGCUUGUUCACGGCUUCAGCCUUAGUGGUGUCGUGUUCGACGAGUUCUGCGCGGACCAGCGGUUGCUUGACGAGCUCUACAUCGUCCGCUACGAUAUUCGCGGGCACGGCCGCAGCGGGAAGCCUGAGACUGCAGAGAGCUACGUGUCAAAACUGUAUGCCGACGAUUUCAAAGCCGUGCUGGACGCAUUCUCUCUGGUGAAGCCAGUCCUUGCCGCAUGGAGCAUGGGUGGCACGGUGGCCACGGACGUGGCCACAUACCUGCCGCCAGGAACCAUAUCCGGUCUCUUAUUCAUCGCCGCAAUCCCCUGCGCUGGGCCAUUCGUGGCGCAAUUCGGCACCGACGAAGUGCUGGCUGCCCUAAGCGGCUGCCUGGAAACCGGAUCCAUCGCCUCGAACCAAGCCGCCUACUGGAAGUUCGUCGACUUGCUGUUCGUCUCUCCCGAGACGACGCCGUUCGCUCUCAAGUGCCUGUAUAACGGACAUGCGGUCUCGCCCAAGAUCAUGAGGCACGUGUGCGAGCGCGAGCAGGACAUCGAGAAGCUGUGGGAGGCUGGGAGGGAGGGUCUGCCGCUGUGUUUGCUCAAGGGCACUGUGGACGCGCAGAUCAAGUUGGACAAGGUCGAGGAGCUAAUGAAACCGCAUUUUCAGGAGGAUAAAUUUGAGGUAAGAGUUUUGAAGGGCGGCGGGCACUCGCUGCAUGUGGAGACCAAGGAAGAGCUGAUGUGGAACUUCUUGGAGUUCGCGAAGAGAGUCGGGGGAAAGGACUAUGGGAGUUAGAAGGCCAGACUGAUGACUAGGCGCCUAGCGUCUCGCUGUCAAAGAAUGACUAGGAUUGUAGGAACGGGUCAACUAUGAACGGCGUGGUACAUACUAUCGACGAACCGACAUACUGCGAAAUCAUCGGAGCAUGCGUCUUUUGAAGUCAGUCACAAGAUUGAAUAUUUGAAUUCCAAGGCUCAUGCUAGAUGAACGAAUUGAGCUUUGUUUUC